AUGUUACUCACUACAGCCCAAAAGGACGUUGAAAAGGCCUUGAAGCGCUUGAUUCAAUUGAGCAGAUGCUUGCAGGAGGCAAAGAGUGAUUCAAAACGGUGGCUGGAAGGUCUGCAGGAUGCUUCACAGGCACUAGCAGACGGGGCAGCCCGUGAAGGAGGGUCAGUUGCAGACAACUCUGGGCUCAAAAUGAAGUUCUUGACCCAAAAUGUCUAUGGUCAUAUGGCAUUGCUUGAAAGCUGUGUUCCUCCCACCAAUGAGAUCACCCCUGAGUCUGCAACACAACUAUGCCAGACACUUGGAAGUGUAGAAGACUUAAAUGGAUUGGAUGAUGACAAAGAGCACCCCAGUGCCAAGGAAGAGUUAUAUUGGAAGUCACUUAAACAAAGUCUAGAGUCCAAGAUGAUGAUGACAAGAGCGUGUCCGAUGACAAUAAUAGUGUCACAGGGUUGGUUCUUCCUUCGUUUCCUAGGACCGACGGCCAAUAACUUCGUGGGCUAUGACACUUAA